GUUUACUUCGAUUUUAAUAUUUAAGGCUUUAUUUUCGGCCAUGUAUUGACACCGUGAAGACGUUUCUUUGGAACAAAUGUAUUUAAUUACUAUUCUUGGAUUGUUAUCAACAAAAUCAUUUGGAAUUAAUGCUUUAUAAGCGCAUCUGGGAUGACAAAGAGAAUAGGAUAUCGAGACUGGAGAUGGCUGGCUUUAUGGUGGCAUCAUUUCUUUCUCUUGUGGAAUAUAACAUACGGACAGACUCGUUACAGCAUCCCAGAGGAACUAAAGCAAGGAUCUGUGGUAGGAAAUCCAGCGAAAGAUCUGGGCUUAGGACUGUCGGACAUUAUCCACCGUAAGCUCCGCGUAGCGUCUGAGGCUGGUGAGCAGUAUUUCACUGUGGAUGCGGGGAAGGGCGAGCUGGUGGUGAAUGACAGAAUAGACAGAGAGGCUCUAUGUGGACAAGGCGUCAGCUGUGUGUUGCCUCUGCAAGUGGUUAUGGAAAACCCUUUGCAGUCCUAUCGAAUUGAGGUGGAAAUAAGAGACAUAAAUGACAAUUCUCCUGGUUUUCUAACGGACGAGUUAAACCUGAAAAUACCAGAGUCAGUUGCGCUUGGAAGACGUUUUCCUUUGGAGAGCGCAGAGGACCAUGAUGUUGGAAAUAAUGCGUUAAAAACGUAUUCUCUCAGCAAAAAUGACUACUUCUCUUUGAAGUUUAAAGAAAUUAAAAGUGGUAAAACUGUCCCUGAAUUGGUGUUAGAGAAGCCACUGGACCGAGAAACGAAUGCUUUCCAUCAUCUGGUUUUGACGGCACUAGAUGGUGGAACUCCAGUCAGAUCAGGGGUCUGUAAAAUUAUCAUUACUGUGAUUGAUAAUAACGAUAACUUUCCAGUGUUUAGCGAAAAUUUGUACAAAGUCUCUUUAAAGGAAAACAGCACUAAAGGAACGUUUGUAAUCAAACUCACAGCUACAGAUGCUGAUGAUGGUCUUAACGGUGACGUUAGAUAUUUAUUCGGGUCUCGCACUUCAGAUUCCGUCUUGUCAGUUUUUGACAUCAAUGACGCAACAGGAGAUAUCGUAUUAAAAGGAAUUUUAGAUUAUGAGAUUUCAAAAUCAUACCUCAUAGAUAUAACCGCUAAAGACAAAGGCAGCCCUGAAAUGGAGGGUCACUGUCGUGUACAGGUGGACGUGGAAGAUAUAAAUGACAAUGCACCAGAAAUUGUGCUGACUUCAAAUCCAAGUCCUGUGCGCGAAGACGCUCCAAGUGGCACAGUGGUCGCUUUGAUCAGUGCACGAGACCUCGACUCUGCUGAUAACGGUAAAAUAACAUUAAAACUGACCAAUAGCUCUCCUUUCAGUUUAAAACCGUCCUUCUCUAAUAAUUACGCACUGGUCACAAGUAGCACAGUGGACAGAGAGAAGUGCUCGAUCUAUAAUAUUGAAGUCACAGCCACAGACUCAGGUUCUCCUCCUCUGUCCAGUAAAACAACGAUACCGGUCAGCAUCAUUGAUGUCAAUGACAACCCUCCUGUGUUCACUCAGCCGGCGUAUAACGUUUAUUUAAAAGAGAACAAUGUUCCAGGCUCCAUCCUCCACUCAAUGUCAGCAUCUGACCUGGAUUUAGGCGACAACGCUAAAAUCUCUUACUCUAUACUGGACUCUAAAGUGCAGGACGUGUCCGUCUCCUCCUAUGUUUACAUCAACUCCGAUAACGGCAGCAUCUACAGCAUGCACUCGUUUGACUACGAGAAGCUGAAGGUGUUUCAGAUCCAGGUUCAGGCAAAGGAUCAGGGCUCUCCGUCUCUGAGCAGCAACGCCACCGUCCAUGUUUUCAUCCUGGACCAGAACGACAACGCCCCCGCUGUCAUUUACCCCUCCUCCGCUGCCCUGGGCUCCCUCUCUCAUCAGAGGAUGCCCCGCUCCGCUAAAGCUGGCCACCUGGUUACCAAGGUAACGGCCGUGGACGCUGACUCGGGCCAUAACGCCUGGAUCUCCUACAGACUGGCGGAGGCCACAGACGCCUCUCUGUUCACGGUCAAUCUGUACACAGGGGAGGUGAGGACUAAACGCGCUGUGUCCGAGCAGGACGACUCCUCUCAGAGGCUGCUCAUAGAGAUCAAGGACGACGGGGAACCGGUCCAGUCCUCCACCGUCACGGUGUCCAUCCUGCUGGAGGACGGCCUCCAUGAGCCCAUCCUAGAUCUGCGGCACAAGUUGUCGGAGCCCAGCAGGAAAACUGGGAGAAUCACGCUUUACCUGAUUCUGUCUCUGGCCUCGGUGUCCGUGCUGUCUCUGGUGACUUUCCUCAUCUUAGCGGUUAAAUGCAUCAGGAGCAGCAGAAGCAGCGGCAGCUGCUGCAUGAGGCGCAGCGACUGUGAUGACUACAAGAACCCCAACAGAAACCUGCAGAUUCAGCUCAACACCGAUGGACCUAUAAAGUACGUGGAGGUCCUGGGAGGAGACAUGUUGUCUCAGAGUCAGUCCUUCAGGUCGUGUAUGUCUCCGAUGUCCGAGUACAGUGAUUUCACGUUGAUUAAGCCGAGCAGCACCACAGACUUUAAGGAGGUGAUCAGUGUUCUGGAUGCGUCUUUACCCGACAGCACCUGGACCUUUGAGAGCCAGCAGGUGAGCAUGUGAAAUUGGCAUACAUUAAUAAGGA